GGUAACGGGCUAGAACUUGUGGGCUUCAUAGGCGUAUAAGCCCAUACGAAAUCCGGGAGGAAAAAGCAGAGAGAAGCGACGGCAACCGAAAGAAUCAAAGAAGGAAGGACGACGGAGGUCGGAGAAGAAGAAGAAGCAGCCCUUAGUAGGAGGCUUUAAUGGCAGCACCAAUGGCGAUGCACGGAGGCGGCGGCGGGUACCAUCAGCCUGCGACCCUAGAAGAAGUUAGAACUCUCUGGAUUGGCGACUUGCAGUACUGGGUCGAUGAGAACUACCUCAAUUCUUGCUUCGCUCACACCGGCGAGGUGAUUUCGGUCAAAAUCAUCCGUAACAAGUUGACUGGCCAGCCAGAGGGCUACGGGUUUGUGGAGUUCGUUUCUCAUCAGGCAGCUGAAAGGGUUCUGCAAUCCUAUAACGGAACGCAAAUGCCAGGGACUGAACUAACUUUCAGGCUGAACUGGGCUUCAUUCGGGAUUGGAGAGAGGCGUCCCGAGGCAGGUCCCGAGCAUUCUAUCUUCGUCGGGGAUUUAGCACCCGACGUCACAGAUUAUCUCUUGCAAGAGACUUUUAGGACUCAGUAUAUGUCUGUUCGAGGAGCUAAGGUUGUGACUGAUCCAAAUACUGGGCGGUCUAAGGGAUAUGGAUUCGUUAAAUUUGGAGAUGAGAAUGAGAGGAACCGUGCUAUGUCAGAAAUGAACGGUAUUUACUGCUCGACUAGGCCAAUGCGUAUCAGUGCAGCAACACCUAAGAAGACCAGUGGUUAUCAACAGCAGUAUGCUGCCACCAAAGGUGCAGCUGUGUAUCAAGCUCCCACAUAUGCAGCACCUGUCCAGGCAGUUGCAGCAGCACCUGAUACUGACCUCACGAAUACCACAAUAUUUGUUGGUAACUUGGAUCCUGCUGUCACAGAAGAUGAACUGAAGCAAACGUUUUCGCAGCUUGGGGAGAUAGUGUAUGUCAAAAUUCCUGUUGGCAGAGGAUGUGGCUUUGUGCAAUUUGCAGCUCGACCGUCUGCAGAGGAAGCCAUACAAAGGAUGCAGGGUCAUAUCAUUGGUCAGCAAUCAGUUCGUAUAUCUUGGGGCAAGAAGCAGGACCUUACUGCUACGUGGGGCCAACAACCCGAUCAGUGGAGUGCUUAUUAUGGUUAUGGACAAGGCUAUGACGCAUAUGGUUAUGCAGCUACCCAGGAUCCAUCACUAUAUGCAUACAGUGGAUAUGCUGGUUAUGCUCAGUAUCCUCAGCAGGUGGAAGGUGCUCAGGACAUGACCGGUGCUGUCCCUAUGGUGGAACAGAGGGAAGAAGUGUAUGAUCCCUUGGCAGCUCCUGAUGUUGAUAAGUUAAAUUCAGCUUACCUUUCUGUUCACGGUAAAGCUAUAUUAGGUCGACCGUUAUGGAUGAGAACCUCCUCAAUUUCACAAGCUUAGGUGUAGUUCAAUCAGUGUAAAGACUUGAAAGAACAGUACUGUAAUUGCUCCGGUUAUCGUUAGCUGCGUUUGCUCAUGUAGUAACUCUAUUUAACUGUCUGGUAAAGCUCUAUAUUCAAAGGUACUUUUGGCAAGAAAUGGAUCCAUUGCGUUGUUUUGACAUUGGAACAUGCACAAGUUUGUUGCCGGGUUCAGCCCAUGAAGCCAUUUUGACAUUGGGCAACAAUAUCGAAAGUUUCCAUAUUCAUCAAUAGACCUGUUUCUGUUAUGUUGACCAGAAAUUUAUCAGACUCUGGCGCUGGAUAUUUGCUUAGCUGCCAACUACAAGUUCUAUUUCUGCCCCGUCUUUUGGAACAGAUUCCUCCUUCAAAGGACUCUCUGGCUUCACUUUUAUCUUAACUGGUUUCCCCAGCUUUGAUUUGUCUUCUAGUUUAGCUAUUUCCAUGGCCCUUUCACAUACAGGGAACCCUUGAUCAUCCCAUGAUUCCAAUAUCACGCCGGAGCCUAUACAUAUUCUCCCAUUGUAGAAGGCUGCAAACUGCCCAGCAGCUAGACCUUGAUCAUCUUCCGACAACUGGACAACUGCAACUUCCUCAUCUUCACUCUGCUCUAUAGUCACAUUGCAAUUGUAGAACCCUGGUCCAUGCCGGACCUUGCACUGAAGCUGCCAUGUUUCCUGAGGAGGUCUAUCACUAAGCCAUUUCAGUGAGCCAACACGAAAUGAUCUCCUGUUCUUGUCGAUGGAGAAGUAGUUUCUUGAGACAAACACUACAUUGUUAUUCACAUCCUUCUCAACAACAUACCUGGGACCACCAGGAAGUCGAAGACCCUGUCGUUGACCAAUUGUGUAGAACCAAAAUCCUCUAUGCAUACCAAGGAAAUCGCCGGUCUCAGCUUCUAGUAUGAUACCUUCUCUCUCCCCGAUCUGUCUCGCAACGAACUCACUAAAUUUGAUCU